AUGGAGGUGAGGAAUGAGACAACAAUCCAAGAAUUCAUUCUGGAAGGGUUUCCUGCCGUCCAGUACCUGGGGAACAUCUUCUUCCUGGUGCAUCUGCUGGCAUACCUGGCCUCUAUCACAGGAAAUGUGGUGAUCAUCAUCAUUACUUGGGUUGACUAUUGCCUCCAGACACCAAUGUGUAUUUUACUCAGCAUUUUCUCCUUCUCUGAAUGCUGUUUUAUCACCACAGUUAUUCCUAAACUGCUGUCCAUCUUUCUUUCAGGAAGGCAAACAAUUUCCUUUACUGCUUGUCUCAUACAAGCCUUUUCUUUUCUGUUUUUUGCAAUAAUUUUAUUCCUCAUGGCUGUGAUGUCCUUGGAUCGGUACCUGGCCAUUUGCAAGCCUCUGCAUUACCUGACCAUCAUGAACCCGAAGACUUGCUUCCUCUUGGUCACUGCCUGCUGUGCUUUGGCCUUCACUCUUAUCACUGGUCUGGUAGUAAAGGUUUUCCAGUUAUCCUUCUGUGGCCCCCAUGUCAUCCCUCACUUUCUCUGUGACCUUGGCCCCCUGAUUCAUCUCUCCUGUUCUGACACCAGGUCUGUUGAUAUGUUGGCCUUUGUCCUUGCCUUGUUUAUCCUUUUGACAUCCCUUAUCAUAACCAUCAUUGCCUACGGCAACAUAGUACUCACAAUCCUGCAACUCCCGUCAGCCAAAGAGAAAAAGAAAGCUUUCUCCACCUGCUCGUCUCACCUCAUUGUCCUCUCUCUGAUGUACAGCAGCUGUGUGUUUAUAUACGUGAAACCAAAGCAAAGGAGCAGGCUGGACUCCAACAGGGAGGCUGCCCUUGUGAACACGGUGGUGACCCCGCUGCUCAACCCUGUCAUCUACACUCUGCGGAACAAGCAGGUCCAUCAGGCUCUGAGGGAUGCUCUGUCCAGGAUGAGGUUGCAGAAACAGAGCUUUGGAAGGUUCAUGGAGGAAGCGGCUCCCACCUGA